GUAAGGAUGAUUCUCAGGAGAGUGAGAUUAAUUUGAGGAAGACUUUUGAGGAAGCAGAGAAAAAUGCACCCUCAAUUAUCUUCAUUGAUGAGAUUGAUUCCAUUUCUCCUAAGAGAGAGAAAACUCAUGGGGAAGUUUAAAGGCACAUAGUGUCUCAACUGUUGACACUCCUAAGAGAGAGAAAACUCAUGGGGAAGUUGAAAGGUGCAUAGUGUCUCAACUGUUGACACUGAUGGAUGGGUUGAAGUCUUGUGCUCAUGUAAUUGUCAUUGGGGCUACGAGCAGGCCAAACAGUAUCGAUCCAGCUCUUAGACGAUUCGGUAGGUUUGACAGAGAAAUUGACAUUGGUGUUCCUGAUAAGGUUGGCUGAUUGGAGGUUCUUCGCAUCCAUACUAAGAACAUGAAGCUAUCUGAUGAUGUUGAUUUGGAAAGGAUUGCUAAGGAUACUCAUGGCUAUGUUGGGGCUGACCUUGUUGCUUUAUGCACUGAAGUUGCUCUCCAGUGUAUCCUUGAAAAGAUGGACAUAAUUGAUCUAGAAGAUGAAUCAAUUGAUGCUGAGAUUAUCAAUUCUUUGUCUGUUACAAAUGAACACUUUAAGACUGCUUUGGGAUCUAGUAACCCAUCUGCCCUCCGUGAAACUGUUGUUGAAGUACCAAAUGUCAGCUGGGAUGAUAUUGGUGGGCUGGAAAAUGUCAAGAGGGAACUGCAAGAGGUAGUUUGCUGGAUAUGUUUGAGGUUUUAUGUCCACCAAGUGUGAUUUUUUCUUUCUGAUGAUUAGAACAGUGGAUGUUUUAACUCAGAAAACUAGGCAUU